GAACGGUCCAAGCUAGUAUCAGUGCCAGAAUUCACCUGACGCAGUUUAGGUGCUCUUGGCGAAACUAAAUCGAUAAAGACGCGGCGGUCGUGCUUCACACUCGAUGAUUUGCUGCCGUGGGGUAUAGAUUUUCCGACUGCUUUUUAGCUCUUUUAUUGAUGGUGAAACGGGGAAAUUUGGGGACAAAGAGGGCCGAAAAGACAUAACCCGCUUGGGGAAGAAAAUUCGACUUUGUUUGUGUUGGUGGUCGACGGUUCGGGACACGUGUCUCGGAAUUUUUUCAUUUUCAAAAAUAAUUCAGUUUAAUCAAAUUUGAGUUUUGAUGAGCAAAAAAUGACUUGCUGUCAGUCGCCCUAUACGUAGCUUCGGCCCCCAUGACUUAACCCCCGUCCCCCGAUGAAUAAGUCACCCCCCACUGACUGUAAUGGACCAAUCCAAAUGAGUGAAGUGUCUGUGAUAGACAAUAAAGCGUGGAAAUGUUCGGAAGCGAACAACGGCUACCUAAAGCAAAAAAGCGUUCCUGAAGAGUCGCUCCUCGGCUCCACCGCCGUGACGACUGUCGUCCAAGUCUCCGGAGCCGGAACCAAAACCAUGGUGGUUCCCCGGAAUAAACAAGCCAAAGACAAAUGCCUUGUUGCGGCCGUUUUCGCACUCAUCAUUUUCUCUCUAGUCUUACUCUUCAUGGUGUUCAGCACUCGAAACCACCAAUGUAUCGAUAGCAGAAGUAGCGUUUGUCUUACGGAGGAAUGCGUGAGGACAGCGGCGUCCCUUUUGGGGGCCAUGGACCACACGGCGGACCCCUGCGUGGACUUUUUCCAAUACGCCUGUGGUACGUGGAACAAGAAGCACGUGAUCCCCGAAGACCGCAGCUCAAUCAGCACGUUCGAAGUAAUGGCAGACCAGCUCCAAGUGAUCCUGAAAGGCGUCCUCGAGGAGCCCAUUAACCUCGAAGACAACGAGGCGACACGCAAAGCCAAAACCUUCUACAACACGUGCAUGGAUAUUCUCCAGAUUCGGAAAAUUGGGGACGCCCCACUACGGGAGGUUCUGGAGGGGCUUGGGGGCUGGCCGGUGACCAAACCAGACUGGACUCCGCCCAGCUUCUCCAUCGAGGUGCUUCUGGGGAAGAUCAGAGGGGUGUACAACGAGGGGGUGCUCAUCGAGCAGUGGGUGGGCCCGGACGACAAGAACAGCUCAGUUAACAUCAUCCAGAUGGACCAAAUGCAGUUGGCGUUGCCCAGUCGCGAUUACUAUCUUAAGGCGAGCAGUGAGGGAGACAUGACUGCUUAUCACAAGUAUAUGACGAACAUUGCUGUCCUCCUUGGUGCCAAUAAAACUACAGCCAAGGAAGAGCUACAAGAAGUGGUCGAUUUUGAACGAAGACUGGCAAAUGCGUCCUUACCGGAAGCUGACCGCCAUGACACUUCCGCCAUUUACCGAAAACUAACUUUACAAGAAUUACAAACAAUCGUCCCUCAAAUCAAAUGGCUGGAAUACCUCCGUUCUUUCCUCGACGUUGACAUCGACGACCAAGAGCCCGUCGUUGCUUACGGACUUUCCUAUUUCAUCGAAAUGGGAAAAAUCCUCGCCGAGACAAACCAGAGAGUUAUUCACAAUUAUGUCCUGUGGCGUCUCAUUAUGUCCCUGUCGCCUCACAUGAUUGACGAUUAUCAGAAGGAACGCGUCGAGUUUCGAAAAAUUCUCCAAGGAGUGCUCAGUGAGCGGCACCGAUGGUCCCAAUGCGUCGAGUGGACUAAUAAAAAACUUGGAAUGGCUGUUGGAGCACUUUUCAUCAGGGAUAACUUCAAUCACGAUAGCAAAGAAACUGCACUUACGAUGAUACAUACGAUCCGAGAGGCGUUUAAUGAGCUCUUGGCUGAGAAUGAUUGGAUGGAUGACGAAACGAGAGCCGUGGCAAAGGAAAAGGCAGAUGCUAUGAAUGAGAGGAUUGGGUAUCCGCAAUUAAUCACGAACAAGCAGGAGUUGGUCAAGGAGUACGCUGCUUUGAAUAUUACCAAAACCGAGUUCAUUACGAACGUUUUAAACAUUCUAAAAUACGACGCCGAGCAGAAUCUGCAAAAAUUGAGACAGCCAGUCGAUAAAGACAAAUGGUCGACGGAACCGGCGGUCGUUAACGCCUUCUACAACCCGAACAAGAACGAUAUCGUGUUUCCCGCCGGGAUCCUGCAACCGCUCUUCUACAGUCAGCAUUUUCCCAAAUCUCUGAAUUACGGCGGAAUUGGAGUGGUCAUAGGUCACGAAAUAACGCACGGUUUCGACGAUAAAGGCCGGCAGUUUGAUAAGGAUGGGAAUAUGAUGCAAUGGUGGAAUAACGCGACGAUCCGGGCUUUCCGGGAGCGAACCCAAUGCAUAAUUGACCAGUACUCGCGAUACAAAAUUGAUGAAGUGGGGCUCUACGUCAACGGGCGCAUGACCCAAGGCGAGAACAUCGCCGACAACGGCGGACUGAAGCAGUCAUUCCGGGCGUACCGUAAAUGGGUGUCCCAGCACGGGGAAGAGCCGGACUUGCCCGGUUUGAACCUAACCCAUGACCAGCUGUUUUUCCUCAACUACGCCCAGAUCUGGUGCGGGUCUAUGCGGCCAGAGGAUGCACUGACCAAAGUCCGCUCCAGCGUGCACUCGCCCGGACCCAUCCGGGUGUUGGGUCCUCUCUCCAACUCGUGGGAUUUCGCCAAAGCUUACGAUUGCCCGCUCGGAUCGCCGAUGAACCCGACUAAUAAAUGUAGCGUUUGGUAAAAUGGGACUUUCACGCGCUCUAUGUCAAGUGUCUCGUUGUAUUUGCAAAAAUUUAACACUUUCAUCUAUAUUAUCGCCGGGCCUUUGUAGCGGGGCCCACACCUAACUUGUGCAAUGUAAAUAUUAUUGUUUUAUAUAAAACUGUACGCAAUUUUACAUGUAAUAAACCUACUUUUCCUAUUCUAAACAUGGUCUGUACUAAUAUACAAAGUAUGUAUUUUCACAUUAUUACUGGGUGUACUGUUUAUUAUUAAAUAUAAUUUUUAAGAUA